CAUGGCUCGGGCAGGAAGGUGAAAUUGAUUUGUGCUGCUGCUUCUGGAUGGUUGGUUGGUUGGCUGGCUGUGUGUAGAGUUCAAAAUUCGCCUUAUCUAGGUUAAGGUUCGGUUUAUCUCAAAAUUCUCUAAAGUGUUCAGUUCAAAAUUGUUCGGGAUGUGAAUCGGUGCGGUGUGGUUUUGUUCGUUGCCAGUCAAUCGAGAAAAGUUUUUGCGAAGAAAUGUUUGAAGUGAAGUAAGAAGUUGUUGGGCCUACCUCUUGGAAAGAGACGACAGUAUGGACUGGGGCUUGACGGCGGGAGACCGAGUGAGAUGCCUUCAGACACAACUGUUUCCGGUGUGUGCUACACUGGCAGCCAAAGCCGGUUACCUCGGAAGCUUCCUGUCCAACAGUUUGAAAACCAACCAGCUGGAGGUCAACACCGACUCGAAGACGCUCCGCCCGAUAGCUCGCCUCAAGGAACCGCGGGAGCUCUUCGCACUGCCUAAGGAACGGGACUAUGACUGCUCCCAGCAAGCCCCCAGAUGGCCGAUCGAAUGUCAGGUCCAAGAUGAACGCGUAUACCACAUCAACUAUGCUCCCGAGUCACCGGAACCGUACUAUCAGCCCACGGGGAAAGAGCUACAGCCCCGUCCCGUGGGGGAGGAAAACGGAGUAAUCCUGUUCAACUACAAUCCAACCAGUGCAGUUCACUAUGAUCACCUCUCGGAUCGAUCUUACUCGAGUCCCGUUCUCGAUCUGGACGACGAUUCUCAGUGGCGAUACUACGGGUACAGUGACGAUGCCGAUGACGGUUCUUCCAGCGGUGACGAAUGCGAUGGGGACGUUCUUCGUUACAAGCCCAGCGAGUAUGAGUGCGAAAUGACGUACGAACAGAUCAACGAUGAGUCGGAGAUUUUCACUCGGAAACGACUGAAGCAACUGUCCCUAGAACAGAAUCAGGCUGCGGAAUGUCCCACUAAAGGGGAGGAUCCAAUCGGUAUUUCAUCCUCAUCGCCAAGUCCCGCUGAGGGCAGGGAACCAUCACCGGUUCAACAGCACGUAGCUAGUAGUCCAAGUAAUCAAAGCUUUUACGCAAGCGAACCGGAGUCCGACAACGAUUCGGAAGGCGAGCAGAGCAAACACGAUGGGAUCGACGAACGUUCAGCACUAGCACCACCACACUCUCUCACUUCCACGCUCACAAACCACACCCAAGACGGCGACGACAACCACGACAAGCACACUCUCCCGUCAACCGAUAGCUCACCGAGUCCUACCGUUCCUCCCGUUCCGCAGUUUACCCGCUCGACGGUGGGCGGUUCGAAGGCACAACCGACGGCGCACCCGAAUGCGUUCGAUCCGGACGAUCUGAUCUUCGAGUCGCGGUUCGAGAGCGGGAACCUUGGUCGGGCCAUCAAGAUUACACCGACCUAUUAUGAGCUGUACCUGCGGCCGGAUAUGUACACCAAUCGGCACACGCAGUGGUUCUACUUUCGGGUGAAGAACACCAAGGCGAAGGUGGUUUACAGGUUCUCGAUCAUCAACCUGACGAAACCGGACAGCCUGUACAAGGAGGGCAUGCGACCGCUGAUGUAUUCCUCGCUGGACGCCGAGUACAACCAUGUCGGUUGGCAGCGGUGCGGCGAAAAUAUUGCCUACUUCCGGAACGAUAGUGAUGGCUUCAACAACCACACCAGCUACCAUCACCGGCCGGUCGAGGACGAUGAAGACGACUACAUCGGUAACAGUUCGUUCACGUUGUCGUUCAACAUCGAGUUCAAGUACGAUGGUGAUACGGUGUACUUUGCGCACAGUUAUCCGUACACUUACUCCGAUCUGCAGGACUACCUGAUGAGCAUCCAGCGGAAUCCGGUCAAGUCGAAGUUCUGUAAGUUGCGGUUGCUGUGCCGGUCGUUGGCCGGGAAUAACGUGUACUACCUGACGGUGACGGCACCGUCCACGCACGAAGAUGACAAUCAGAAGAAAAAGAAAGCGGUAAUCAUCACCGCACGUGUUCAUCCUGGCGAGAGUCCUUCCUCGUGGAUGAUGAAGGGUCUCAUGGACUUUAUCACCGGUGAUUCAUACGUGGCGAAGAAACUUCGCCACAAGUUUAUCUUUAAGCUAGUGCCUAUGCUCAAUCCGGACGGGGUGAUCGUGGGGAACACCCGUAGCUCCCUGACCGGGCGUGAUCUCAAUCGACAGUACCGGACCGUGAUCCGGGAGACGUAUCCGUCGAUCUGGAACACGAAAGCAAUGAUUAGAAGACUGAUGGAGGACUGUGGCGUGGCGAUGUACUGUGACAUGCACGCUCACUCCCGCAAGCACAAUGUGUUCAUUUAUGGCUGCGAAAAUCUGAAACGGCAUCCGGACCGGCGAUUGCUAGAGCAGGUUUUUCCCCUGAUGCUGCACAAAAAUGUGGCCGAUAAGUUUUCCUUCGAAAAUUGCAAGUUUAAGGUGCAGAAAAACAAGGAAGGAACUGGCCGAAUCGUUGUCUGGGUACUGGGCGUAACCAACAGCUACACCCUGGAGGCUUCCUUCGGUGGAAGUACGAUGGGUGGUCGGGCCGGGACGCACUUCUCUACGGCGGACUACGAACAUAUCGGCCGGGCGUACUGCGAAACGCUGAUGGACUACUACGAUGAUAAUCCGAUCAAAGAGAAACUGCGAAUGAAGAUUUUGACCCGACUGUCCAAGGAAGGUUCGAGCGCGGAUGAACCACUGAAUAUCCCAUUGUCGGACUACUCCAGUGACGAGGGCGAUACCAGCAGCAGCAGUUCGGAGGACGAAGCCGGUAAGGAUAGCAUGGCUGAACUGGAGGGACCCUGCUGUUCGUCUCUGAAGGUUCCUCCUUCGUCUCCGGUACUACCACAGAAGCUCAAGAGAAACAAAAAGGGUAAAAAACCGAACCGCUCUCCACCAAAAUUCUACCGGCGGCGGACGCGCAAUUCCCAGCGGAUUGUGUUGGACAUCCCGACGGCAGAACCGGCUAGCGAUUUCUUCGAUUUCACAUCCGACGAAGAGAGUCCCCUCGGUAAUCACCCGAUCGCCGUGUCCGAUACGGAGAAUACCGUUAACCGGAACUUGCGGCGAAAGCACAAACUACGACAGUCGAACCGAAUCAAGAAACUAACCGCGCUGGGCUGUGAAACGCAAUAUCUGAUGCCACCGGAGUUGAUUGUCCGCUCGGCAGCCAGUCGAUAUCAGUCGGAGGACGAAGAUGACAAGAGUAAGCUGGUGAUGAGUAUAAUCAAAGAAUUCCCACCGGUACCGGUGAUCAGUAAGGAGCGAUCGUGGCGAGGCUUCAAGCGGAUCAUUUCCGAGAGAAACCGCGAACAAACGAAAGCAAUGAGUCCAGACCAAUUUUUCCCGCAGUUGUCAUUCCGACGUUCCAUUUGGACCGGAACUCAUUCCGAUGGAUACGUCAAUGAAUUGACAACUUUUAGUCCACGGCCCCUUUCCUGGGGCGUUCCACCGAGCUUGGUUAAAUCGGCCCAGUUUGAUAGCGAAGCGCUACUGACCGCUUGCUCUCAGAAACUCGCCGCUUGGAAAGACGAAAAACGACAUCUGAAGGAGCGACACCAUAAAAGCAUGUCACGAUUGGCAGCCGCAGCUUCUCAUUCCCGUGGGGAUAAAGAGAACCGAUCGACCGCCGCAAGGGCCAAACUGUCCCUUAGUGAGCAACUCGGUAAACAGAAACUGACAGCCGAUAAGAAGUCCGGUGACAGUUUCGACAGCAGCGGAAUAGCCCGGGUCCGAAGGAAAACCAGAAACACAUUGAACAAAAUUGCCGAAAAGUCAGAAAUCAUAACGCAAUUUACCCGCAGCGCCCGUUCCGGGCAGUCUCGUCGGCAGGCAACCGCUGCCUUCCUCUCGACCGGAUCCCCUCGAAAAGCCACUAGUACUAACAAUCUCCUAGCAGCUACCACCUCAACGGCACCAACCACCCCAGCCGUUUCCUUACUUGUAUCUAGUCAGCCACUAAAACCAUCCAGCCUGCUGGACGGUGGCCGAUCCCGGUUCAAAACCGGCGGUAUCGUCGUAACAGCGGCUCAACCUCUACCGAGACAGCGAAAAUCGCAUCACCUAAAAGCCGUACGGAAUGCGAACGUUUCGGGACCAGUCGGAACCACCGGUAGUAGUGCAUCCCCGACCAAACUGCCGACCGCAACGACGCACACAAUCGAUAUACAGCUGACCACACUCUACUCCGAGACGGAAUCGGAAAAGAAUCUACGGAUUCCAAUUAGUUCCAGCAAGAAGCACCGGAAGAAGCGAGCGGCUGGAAAUCACCACCACCACCACAAACCCGCACGGAUGGUGGUUUUGAACUGAACCGGAAAUAGUAUAUGUUCCUUCCUAGCGGCAUAACGCCGGUCCUGCCCUCACAGUGUACUAUUUCUACAUUCUGGGUCCUGCCAUCCUCACAUACCCACUCAUUAAUGUUUUUUGUGUGAAAAAACUAUUUAGAAAAAGGACAAAAUUUUAAUCUAAAUUAUGCAUGUGUGAGGAAGCGAAUAAAA